AUGGCCGACAUUUCUAGAUGGAAAGGCUUUGCUGAUCACGAAUGGCAAGUGCACAAGUUUGGAGGAACUAGCGUGGCGAAUGCACAAUGCUUUCAACAAGUUGCUUCCAUUGUUGAGGAGAAGGCGGCUAAUCCUGAUUUACACAUUUGUGUAGUCGUGUCUGCGAUGGGAGGCAAGCCGAAAGUAACGGAUUUGCUUCUGAAUUCGGUGGAAGCAGCUUCUCAAAGAGACGAGGCUGGAGUUGAAGAGGCGUUAAGCUUUAUUCUGGACAAACAUCAAGCUUGUCUGAAGGAAUUGUGUCUGUCAGAUAAAUUGCAAGAGCAAGAUGAAAGUGAAUUGUUGGGUAUCAUUCGAUCCAACUUGAACGACAUUCGAGAUAUCUUGAAAACAGUAUCGCUGAUGAAAUGGAACGCUAGCAGGAUUAAGGAGCUAGUUUCAGGAUAUGGAGAACUCUGGUCUUCUCAGAUUCUGGCUAGAUUGUUGCAACGGCGACGUCCACUGACGGAUGGUGACGUGGGCCAUCACACAUACAACUACAUGGAUGCCCGUCGUAUCAUUACCAUUGAUGAAGAGGAGAUUAAGGAUGGGGCAGUGGUUUGGAGUACUUCUGAAGACAAAUUGGCAAUCGCGUACAAGGAAGAAACAGAAAAGGCGGUAGCUUUGUCAAGUCCAGAGGGAUCAAAGAUUCAUCUGGUAUGCACUGGGUAUGUAGCGUCCAAUACACAUGGCGUGGCAACCACAUUGCAACGAGAUGGCUCGGAUUAUUCAGCUGCCAUUAUGGGCCGUCUCCUUCACGCGACUGAAAUCAAUAUUUGGACCGAUGUUAGUGGUGUAUUAUCUGCCGAUCCCAGACGCGUUCCUCAUGCCUACCCGGUCCCAGAAGUCUCCUACAAUGAAGCCAUGGAACUGGCAUACUUUGGAGCCAAAGUCAUUCAUCCAAAAACCAUGCAACCAGCUAUUUCGAGCAACCCGCAAAUACCAAUCUACAUCAAAAAUACAUUUGAAGCCCAGCAUCCAGGAACUAGAAUUUUCACCACCUCGACCACGCACACAGAACCGGAGAAAUGCGUGUGUGGCUUUUCCUCCAUUGACAACAUGGCACUUAUUAAUGUUGAGGGAUCCGGAUUGAUUGGAGUUCAUGGUGUGGCCAAACGCUUGUUUGGUACGCUUGAGCAAGUUGGGGUAAAUGUGGUUCUUAUUUCGCAGGCGAGUUCCGAGCACUCCAUCACAUUUAGUACGAUCGAAGAUGAUGCAGAAAUGGCCAAGGAAGCUAUUGCGGAGGAAUUUGCAAAGGAACUUGCACAAGAGAAAAUCAAUAAUAUUGAUGUUACCGUCGGUUGCUCUAUCAUUGCCGCUGUCGGUGAUGGUAUGCACUUUGUCAGUGGAGUCAGUGGACGAUUCUUUGGUGCAUUGGGUGAUGCCCAAAUCAACAUCUUAGCCAUUUCACAGGGUUGCUCCGAGCGCAAUAUUUCUGCUGUGGUGAAACAGAGCGAAUCCACUCGAGCAUUACGAGCCUUGCACGCCGCCUUUCGUUUGUCGCAUACAACAGUUCGUUUGGCCAUUAUUGGUAUGAAUGAUGUUGGCGAAUCCUUACUUCGAUUGUUAGAAGUACAAAGGCCCGUGCUUCGCAAGACAUUCCAAGUUGAUUUGCAAGUGUGUGCGGUAGCCAAGGAUGCUAUAGACACGGACAUUAUAUUCUUGCAGUCAGAUGACAGCAAGGAAGACGGAGAAUCCAUCACCAUGUCGGAUGUGAAAUCAUUGGCCGCCCCUCCGGUAGAAUCUUCCAUUCAAUUCGAAGGAAGAUCCUCCAGCAAAGCAAUCGAGUCCUCCAAGAGCAAGGACCUAAAGCCAUUGAUGGAUCUCUUGUUACGCGGUGACCAUGGCUACCACAUGAUCUUCGAUUGUACCAAUUCUGUCAGCGCAAGUGCAUUCCACCCAGAUUGGUUAAACGCUGGAAUACACAUCGUGACAGCGAACAAUACAGGAUUAUCAGGUCCAUUUGAGCUUCGCGAGGCCAUUGACGAAGCCGAACAGCGAUUUGGAAAGCGAUCGGCGCAGUAUCUUCGAGAGGUUACGGUAGGGGGUGGAUUGCCAAUCAUUGGAACAUUGCGACAAUUGUUGAAUAGUGGAGAUAAGAUCCGUCGUGUUGAUGGGAUCUUUAGUGUGGCCAUCUCGUACAUUCUUUAUCGCAUAUCACCACCCAAAAGCACCAACAAUGAAUUUGAUAAAGAAUUGGCCCAAGGUGUCUUUCAAGGCGAUAUUGAACUGCCCACAGAGAAUGCCUCCCUUGACAAAGCUUGUUCCUUUAGCCAGGCCGUUGAAGAAGCCAUUGCGUUGGGCCUUACCGAAACUGAUUUACAGCAUGAUUUGAGCAACGAGUAUACCGUUCGUUCAUUAAUGGUCCUCGCCAAGGAAUUAGGACUUGAUUGGAGAGUGUCUCUGUCUGAAAUCCAAAGCAAGAGUGACAUUUUGUCCACCGAAGUGAACGAAUCAGCCGAUCAAAGAUUGUCGAAACGAGUAGAAGAAGCUCGUCAACGUGGAUGUGUAUUACGACAUGUUGGUAGUGUGGAUGUUGCCCGGCAGACCAUUGACUUGAAAUUGAUUGAAGUUCCGGAGAAUCACACCUUUGCCACGGCUCCUCCCAGUUGUUCGGUAGUUCGCUUCUUUACCAGUCGCUACCAGCCCUAUCCCUUGGUCAUUACGGGACCUGCUGCCGGUGCCGAUUGCACUUCAUCCGCCUUGUUGGCCGAAGCGUUGGGUUUGUUGAAUACAAAGAUUGGUCCCAAAACUGGCACGCUAGCCCGCACCGAAUCAAGUGCCUACAUGGCGUAG